CCAGCACAGCACAGCUCAGCCCAGCACAGCACAGCCCGGAUAACUCAACAGAGUCGGAGGCUGCUCCUCGCAUACUGGGCUGCAGUUACAAGAAGGGAGUGGGGUCUCUGAACCAGUCGUUCGGAUCUCUCACGCUAUGAUUCUGUUGGAUUAUAACCCCGAGGUCGAGUGCUUGAAUGAACUAAUGCAGGCAGGUACUGCAGUGAACUCUCCGGGCUGUUUAGGCCAGACUCCAGCACAUCUAGCAGCAUUUGGCGGUCAAGCCUAUUGCUUGCUUUGGUUUCUACACGCUGGAACGGACGUCAACCAACAGGAUGAUUUGGGAGAGGCUGCCAUUCACAAAGCUGCCAAAACCGGAAGCUUGCAGUGUAUCAGCUUACUUGUUGCUUCAGCUGCAAGAAUUGAACUCUGCAAUUGUGCUGGACAGACUGCAGAAGAUCUUGCAUUAUCCCACGGACAUGCUGAUUGUGUAAAUUUCUUGGCAACAAUACGAACGACACGAAGCACACAGCCCCAACUUCACGAUGGACAGUUGCCAGCAAACAGCAGGGACAGGGGAGGGCUUGUACACAGGCCAGCUGGCUAUAAACGCAUGUGUGGCGUAUUCGAAGCUGACAAGAAGAAGGCCAAAAUCGAUGGUAUUCAACAAUCGAAUAAAGAAUUUUGUAAAGGUGGUAGAACGGAACAUUUACUGUCACUGCAGGAGGUGAGAUCAUUGUGAAGAAUUAGCAGAAUCAGUGGCUGCAUUGGGAAACAAUGACAGAUUUUAACAGAAUACUUAAAUGGCAAAAUGUUAAAGAAACGAUGAACAGCAGGAUACACUCAAACUGUUUUCUUGUGCAUGGAAGGUUCAAUGAAGACAUUUUGUCAUGCAAUCAUUUUUUUUUGUUUUCUGCAAUAUGUACUAGCCUAGUAUUGCAGUUUGAAUAACAGUAAUGGACAUGAGAGAGAAAAAUUGAGGACAACAGAAUGAUUCGUGACGAAGUGGACAUUGUUUGCAAGUUGAAUUUUUGAGUGUAAUCAAGUACAGAUCGCUCCAAAUGAGCACAAUCUGUCUUUUUUGCAACUUAUCCUUCGAAUGACAGGAUUUCCACAGAAAACAUUGAAGACAGUUAUAUCAGUGGAAAAACAAGAGCCUUGUGAAAUAAUUCUAGUUUCUGAUCUAGAUGGUACAUCUACCAAUUUGAGAACUGAGCCCGAUACUUUCCUUCAGAAACAGAAUAUAAAUGAACAUUGUAUUGUGUGAGAGCUUUAACUUUAGAACUGAUUGGUGAAAAAAGUAUUGAUUAACUUUUAUAUACAUAAAUUAAUUGUCAUUAGAUUAAGGAUUAUUGGAACCUGGGAAGUAUACAUUUUCAUUUACAGAAAUGGAUACAAAGAUCAAUAGAUAGAGCUGUAUUUAUGUGCUGUAUUUGACAUGGAACAGUUUGAUAUUCCAAGUAUUUCCAAUAUUGCCUGUACAAUAAACUGUUGCCUUUAUGCAAAUUCAUCUGCAAAAAUCAUGCUUCAUUUUCAAUAUGUCAAUAUUCUAAGUAUAUCAAUCAAUAAGUAGAACUACAGAAAAGUAAUCUGACUAUAGUUUUUUUAAACAAACCUUCCCUACUGUG